AUGCUCUCACUCUCUACCACUCUGACCCCCCUCGCCGCCCUCGCCCUUCUAGUCAGGGCGCAAGCCCAAGAAUCCGGCAGGACAUGCUACAACCCCGACCGCACCACCUCCCCAACCGCCGUCCCCUGCACCUCCGCAACGCAAACCUUCUGCUGCGGCCCCGACGCAAUCUGCCUCUCGCCCGGCUACUGCCUCAGUGUGUCCGCGCAACCCUACACCCUGUAUCGCGGAUCCUGCACGGAUUCGGGCUGGGGUGAUUUCUGCGCUUAUUAUUGUGUAAAUUAUCGCACGGCUACAAACGCGCCUAUUGUCAGUGUGGGGAGCAACGAUGACGGCCGCGCGAUUUACUGCUGUGGCGCUGGGGCUCAGGCAAAUCAGACGGACCAGACGACGUCUUGUGAGAAUGGGGACGAGCCGUUUGUGCUGGAGGAUGGGGAGAUGGUUUUUGGGAGGGCGGCGCUUGCUGGUGUGGGUAAUUCCACGGUUAGCGACGACGACUCCGGCUCUGGCUCCACGGAUGCCAACUCCAGUGGGACCGGGGGAGAUGGUAGAGGGAGCUCUGAGGGAGCUUGCAGCAACAAUGAUGUCGCGAUUGGUGCGGGUGUGGGAGUCCCGCUAGGUGUUUUGGCGUUAUCUGCUGUGUGCUGGGCGCUACUUGAAAGGAGGAAGAGGACGCAUGCUGUUAUGGGGCCGGUCGGGAUUGGCGCACUAGGGCAAGCUGGCGGGGAGGGUGUAUCCGUACAGACUCAGCUGUUUCAUGUACCCCCUCAGCAGAAGGGUCGUCCGACGGAGCUUGAUGGCAUGGGGAAAGCAAGGAUCUCGGAGAUGAUGGGAAGCGAAGGCGAUAAUCAGUUGAGGGGGGUAUGA